UUUUUUCUGAAAAUAAAAUAAAGCCAGCAUAUUUGAUACAUUUUGUUUAUCUUAAAAUAUAAUUGACACAAAGUUAAGUAACAUUGGUUUAAAAAACGCAUUACUUUACUUUUAAGGAUCAUUAAUAGCAGAUAUUUCGACCUCCCUGCCCUCCAGUUUGGUCUCGUUUGAGGUUUUAUUUAAUAGUUCUGUUUAUUUGAAGAAAAAGGGACUACUGUUGAAAGUUACGGCCGGAAACCAAAUCGACGUGUCUGUGUGUGACUUUACGGCAGUGGAGCUCUGGAUAGUUGUUAUGAACUGGAGCGACACUGGACUGUUCACAACAACAGAGAACAGGAGGGAGCGCAAGUUCUGACCGAACAAAGCAGCGUCGCGGUUUCAGGGCCCUGUUUAGUCACCACACACUGAAAAAAACUGACGUUAACGCGAGGGUUUUAGGGAUUGGACUUUGUUGUUUUAGUUAAGGCCAUCAUUUUAGUCGAGCUAUCUUUGUCCUUGUUCGCAGCGCUAUAGCUGAUAGCAGAUAAACACACAGAGGCGGAAUAUGGCUCAGCAUGGACAUCAUGUAGCCAGUUCCCAGAAAGCACUUAUGUUGGAGAUGAAGAGUCUCCAAGAUGAGCCGGUGGAAGGAUUUAAGAUAACUUUAGUGGACGAGGCGGACAUGUACAACUGGGAAGUGGCGAUAUUCGGACCUCCUAACACUCACUACGAGGGCGGUUAUUUUAAGGCUCGGAUCAAGUUUCCUGUGGACUACCCAUAUUCACCGCCUGCUUUCCGCUUCCUCACCAAAAUGUGGCACCCCAACAUUUAUGAGAAUGGGGAUGUAUGUAUCUCUAUCCUGCACCCACCUAUAGAUGACCCACAGAGCGGUGAGCUGCCAUCAGAGAGGUGGAACCCCACACAGAACGUCAGGACCAUCUUGCUCAGUGUGAUCUCUCUGCUAAAUGAGCCCAACACCUUCUCUCCUGCCAAUGUUGACGCAUCCGUCAUGUACCGUAAAUGGAGGGACAGUAAAGGAAAGGACAGAGAGUACAUCGAGAUCAUCAGGAAGCAGGUGCUAGCAACCAAAGCUGACGCAGAACGGGAUGGAGUGAAAGUUCCUGUUACAUUAGAUGAGUACUGCGUCCGCACCCAAGUUCCACCCACUGAUGACGGCUCCAACCUUUUAUAUGACGACUACUACGAUGACGAGGAGCUGGAAGAUGAUGACGAGGACGACAAUGAAGACUGUUGCUACGACGAAGAUGACUCUGGCACUGAAGACUCCUGACCUCACAUCCUUGUGAUGUUGAUCCCCGCCUCCACACCACUGACCCCGUCCCCAACCCCUCUUUAAUGAUGGACAGAACUUUUAAGUCCGCUCCUGAUUCACCUCUGUCCCCGGUCAUCCUCAUUUAGCACAGACUGUCCACUGUCCACCUUUUUUUCCCACGUGCAGUCACAGUAUGCACACCAAAACUUGAUGCAUCAAAGAAAAGAAAGCUCUGGAGUUUUUCCCUUUUUCUGUCAUGUUUUGUUUUGUUUGUUUUAUUUCUGUUGUCUUGAGUAGUUUACACAUAUGAUAACAACAGCAGCCGAAGAAUUCACUAAGCUCUCUUGUCUACUUCAGUUUGUCUGAAGUGGUAACUAGUUAAAAAUCCACAGAAAAGUGUUUUUAGCAUUAAGCGUUUCGUUUUCUCCUCCAGCUCAGCGAGAGGAACAAAAUCAGGAUGUGUGGUAUUGUUUUGUUUUUUUGUCCAAGGAAUGAUCAUGUAUUCAGCAUCAUCAUCAUCCACAUCUUCAGCAGCACAGAGGAAUCUAAUCAGUUGAGCAAUUGCAAAGAAUUGCAAAAAAAAGUGUACUGUUUUUGUGCGCAAGCGUGUACAUGUGAGGGAGAGAGAACAUGCUUUUGAAAAGCUGAGUCACGUUUCGCCUCUGAGCCAUGUGUGACCUCCAGUUACCAGGCUGUUUGAAGCUCCGUCAUGCCUCACCUCUGACAUUUUGGAGCCUCUGAGCUUGUGCUGCUUUAAAAAAAAAAAGAAAAAAAAAAAAGGAAGACUGUCACUCUGCCUUAUGCCUUUUCCUGCUCCCUAAGACCAAUGAACAACUUGCAGCACAAGCAGGACCUGGUAAAAACAGGGAGUAGUCAGUCGGUGGAAUAACAUGGUCUCAGGUGUUGAUAAGAUCCAUAAAAUCUCUAUUCCAUGCACAGGUUAUUUGUCCAGGCUGUGAGUUAGUUCAAGAAAGUGUAGGACAGAAUCCCACUGACAUCAUCUACUGACUGCCACGCUGUCUUCAUUAGACAACCACGUGCUAUCGCUGUCCCAGAGGCAUCAAGUGACAGACAUCUGAGCCUGCUGUUCAUGAAAUCGAGUGUACUGUAUUAAAACAAAACAAAAAAAUAAAUCUAUGCAGUAGUGCUUAAAACACUUAUUAUGCUGUGCUCACAGUAUGGCAGUGAAGCUGAGCUUUAAUUCCAGCCAACAACAUACUGUCCCUGUAACAUUUGUCAAUGUUGUAAUAUCAUAAAAACAGAGUAGUACAACAACACUGGGCUUCUAAACGAGCCUGCACAGAACACACAUCCCCCUAGUGGGGACACUGUGUACAGGCAGUACUUGUAUGUCUUCUCUGAAAUGUUGGACUGAGCUGCUGCCAUGUUGGGUCACAGCUAACAGCGAGAUUAAAUGAGAGGUGUGACAAAGGCCUGAUAGAAUUAUGUUUCAGUCUGUAGAGUAGGAGGUACAGUUACAUUAUUGUGACCGUAGGGGUCGCUCUUGCAUUCUCCAUAUACAUCACACCAAGCAGUAUUUCAGAUAGGAUCCUCAACAUCACUUUAAUCAUGCGUCUGUUGCUGUGCGUCAGUGUGUGAGCGUCUGUGAUUGACUGAAUAUAUGCUGAUCAUUUCUGAGACGUGCUGAGAAGAUGUGGCGAAGGCACAUGGGAAGGCAUGGGGAGAGGGUUGAUGUCUGAGCAUGAGCAGGAGACUGUGGUUCUUCACUAGCAUGCUGUUAUUGACGUGUUUGUGGUUUUAGAUCUGCUAUAAGGGUUGGGAUUAUGUCCACGGACAGAUGUUAGCAAUUUUAUCUGAAGCUGUUGCCUUUGUGAACGGGGUAAGGGUUGUCUGUGUAUUAUGGGCUUGUUUUGACUGUCUUUUCAAGUGUAACCUUUUUAAUUUUAAAAUUGUAGUGUGAGUUUCAUUAUUUUGUCUAAUAUGUAUUAAAUGCUAAGAAUGGUGAUCUGAUUAAGAACAGUGUGAACAACGCUGCCAGAGUUUAAUGUACCAAGAGAUGAUA